CAAGAGAGAGAGAGAGAGAGAGACGCCAAGUGUCCGGUCGUCUUUCAGAAGGUGUAUAAAGGCUCGGACAAGUUUUGGGCAGGGACUAGUUGCCGUGGAGACAAGAUCUGUAAAGCAGAGAGGACAGAUCCUCUUUCUCUCACUCUCAGGGUCCAUUAGCUGGUUGCGUUGAUCGGGGAGUCGUGAAACCUUCGAACCUCCAAUUCUUCCGGCAAUUAAGUCACAAGAAACUGUCGCAAAAUUUGCUGCCAUGUCCACCGUAACUGUCACUUCAACGAAUCUCAGUCUGAGGGGCUCCCAAAGAUCCCCGUUGACCUUAGCUGAGCUGUGCUCUGGUCUCCCUGUCAAUCCUCUGCCUCCGCCACAGCAGCGUGACCCAAAUAUUGCGCAUGCGCCUGUCAGGACUCACAAUCUGUCGCAAGAGCAACAACAGCAAGCAGUAACAAACGCGUUGAGAUACUUCCCGAAAGAAUGCCACCAUCUCCUGGUUCAAGAAUUUGCCGACGAGUUUCGUCAGUAUGGCCACAUCUACAUGUAUCGUUUUUUGCCCAACAUCGACGUGAGGGCCUAUCCCAUCGACCAGUAUCCGGCCAAGACCAAGAAAGCCGCGGCAGCCAUGCACAUGAUCAUGAAUAACCUUGAUCCAAGGGUAGCUCAGUUCCCCCAGGAAUUAAUCACUUACGGCGGCAACGGACAGGUUUUCUCAAACUGGGCCCAGUUUUGGAUAGUGAUGCACUACCUCUCGACGAUGACGGAAGAGCAGACGUUGGUGUUGUACUCUGGUCAUCCCCUGGGUCUGUUCCCCUCCGAUAUCCGCUCUCCAAGGAUAGUCGUCACCAACGGCAUGAUGAUACCAAAUUAUUCCACCAGAGAACAUUAUGAUGACUUCUUUGCCCUGGGAGUUACAAUGUACGGGCAAAUGACAGCUGGCAGCUAUUGCUACAUUGGACCACAGGGGAUUGUCCAUGGAACUACACUAACGGUGCUGAACGCCGGGCGAAAAUACCUGAAGCUAAAUAACCUGGAAGGACGUGUCUACGUCACCUCUGGCUUGGGAGGAAUGAGCGGCGCUCAGGCCAAGGCAGCUGUCAUCUGCGGAUGCAUCGGCGUCAUUGCUGAGAUGAGUAAGGAGGCUCUUCUGAAGCGCCACGCCCAGGGGUGGCUGGAGGAGUACACAGACGACAUCGACUUCUUGAUUCGGCGGAUCCGCGAAGCCAGAGCUAAAAAGGAGGCGACAUCUAUCGGCUACCUGGGCAAUAUAGUGGACGUGUGGGAACGGCUGUGGCUGGAAUAUGAAAAGACGGGAGAGCUCUUGGCUGAGCUUGGAUCCGACCAAACGUCCUGCCACAAUCCUUUCAGCGGCGGAUACUAUCCCGUACAGCUAUCCUACGACCAGUCCCUAGAGAUGUUGUCUAAGAACCCGGAGAAGUUCCGGAAGUUAGUGGAGGAAUCCCUCCGGCGUCAGGUGGCUGCCAUCAACAAGCUAUCCGAAGUCGGUCUUUUCUUCUGGGACUACGGCAACGCCUUCCUGCUGGAGGCCCGUCGGGCCGGCGCGGACGUCGGAGCCACCGAGGGCGGAGACAGCAUUAAGUUCCGGUACCCAAGUUACGUGCAGGAUAUCAUGGGCGACAUCUUCUCCCUCGGGUUUGGCCCGUUCCGCUGGGUCUGCACUUCCGGUGACCCCGAGGACCUCCAGAAAACGGACCAGAUCGCUUGCGACGUCCUGCAGGAAAUCUGCAAAGGUGGAAUAUCGGAGAGGAUUCGCCAGCAGUAUGCCGAUAAUAUGAAGUGGAUCAAAGAAGCUGGUCGCCACAAGAUGGUGGUGGGGAGCCAGGCCAGGAUUCUGUACUCGGAUCAGGUUGGCCGAGUGAAGAUCGCCCAGGCCUUUAAUGAUGCAAUUCGCACGGGGAAGAUCAAGGCCCCCAUCGUCAUUAGCAGGGAUCACCAUGACGUCAGCGGAACAGACUCCCCCUUCCGGGAAACGUCCAACGUCUACGAUGGAUCUGCUUUUACUGCCGAUAUGGCUGUUCAGAACUUCGUCGGCGACUCCUUCAGAGGAGCAACCUGGGUUGCUCUUCACAACGGCGGGGGCGUUGGAUGGGGCGAAGUUAUGAACGGAGGGUUUGGUCUGGUUAUUGACGGCUCUGAAGAUUCACACUACAGGGCCACUCUCCUGCUCAACUGGGAUGUAUCUAAUGGCGUCGCUCGCAGGGCAUGGAGCGGCAACGAAAAUGCCCAGGAAACCAUCGCCAGGGCGAUGGGCCACGAUCCCCGACUAAAGGUCACGGUACCCAACUACGCGGACGCAAAGAUGGUGGCACAGGCACUGCAAAAGAGCAAGUAGACAUUCAAAAGCAAUGGCACUGGGUCACUGACGAAGGGCUUUUGAAAGUAUGGACGAAGACUCGAAGACUCGGACUGAGGAUGCGUGGAAUUCUUCGUGGUUAUUUUAUUUGAUAUUUUCCUAUGAUGAAUUUUUAUCACAUCACCGUGAUUCAUAUACAUACAUCGAGCUACA